GGACCGGCGUGGCCGCGGGCGGGGACAGAUCACACUCCGUCGAGCAAGUGGACUAACCAGCCAUGCGUACCUCCACCCUGCUGUCCGUGGCCGUGCUGGCCGUGCUGGCCUGCCUGUGCGUCGCCCAGCCCUUGGAAGAGCUGCCCACACAGAGGGCGCCCAUCCCCGUGGAGAGGGCCGUGGUGCCCGUCGGCGAGGCCCAGCCCCACCACCGCGAGAAGCGAGGCCUCCUUCUCGCCAAGGGCCUCCUGCUGGGAGGUGCCCUGGGUGCCGGCGCUCUGGGACUCGGAGCCGUCGGUCUGGGGGCCGGAGCCCUCGGCGCUGGCGUCGUCGGUGCCGGCGCGCUGGGACUCGGAGCCGGUAUCAUCAAGGGUAAGGCCAUCGGUCUCGGCCUCGGCCACGGCUACGGCCACGGCUACGGUUACGGCCACGGCUACGGCGGCUACUACGGCGGCUACUCCGGCUAUGGCUACGCCCCCGUCUACUACAGUGCCCCGACCUACUACGCCGCCCCCUCGUACGGCUACAGCUACGGAGGGUAUGGCUCCUACUACGGGCACGGCGGCUGGUAAUUUUUCUACCCUCAACGCAUCCCCGUCCGAACCCCAGUACCUGCUAAAUUUAUUUUGUAAUUUAUAUAAAUAAAAAUCCUAAAAAGCAA